AGCCAAGGAGAGUUCUCGGUCAGACACAGAGAGAGGAAAAAGACAGUGAAUGUGAGGGGGGUAAAGUGAGCGAGAGUCAGCGAAUGUGCUCCAAGACUCAGCCUGCAGCACAGACUCCACAUUCCUCCGUUUCUUUGUUUUUUUUUUUCUUUUUAAAUUCUGUUCACAACCUCCUCCUCCUCGCGCAAUCGCUGCUGUUAUUAGAACGGCUAUCUCUGCUUUGCCACUACACUUUUCCUGCCUCCUGCUUUUUUUCUGCCUGGCGGAUGGAGUGAGCGGAGCCUUAAACACCUGCACUCGCUCCUCUCUUGUCCUGCCCUAACCUGUCCUCCUCCUAUACAUCACAUCCCAUGGGCAUCCGUGCGUCUUGCAGACCAGAGCCUCAUGGUCGAGGAGGCGGUUCUCAACCAGGUCAGGCAGACUCUCCCCUCCCAGAGCAGGAUGAGGAGAUCCUGGGUUCAGAUGACGAUGAGCAGGAAGACCCGAAUGACUACUGCAGAGGUGGAUAUCACCAUGUGAAGAUUGGAGAUCUGUUCAAUGGCAGAUACCAUGUGAUUCGUAAGCUGGGCUGGGGGCACUUCUCCACUGUGUGGCUGGCGUGGGACAUCCCGGAGAAGCGCUUUGUGGCCAUGAAGGUUGUUAAAAGUGCUGAACAUUACACAGAGACGGCACUGGAUGAGAUUAAACUGCUCAAAUCUGUGAGAAAUACAGAUCCCAAUGACCCCAACAGAGAGAAAGUGGUGCAGCUUCUAGAUGACUUCAAAAUUUCUGGAAUGAACGGCUCUCAUGUGUGCAUGGUAUUUGAGGUGCUGGGAUAUCAUUUACUCAAAUGGAUAAUCAAAUCAAAUUAUCAAGGUCUGCCCUUACCCUGUGUUAAAAGCAUCAUACGGCAGGUUCUGCAGGGCUUAGACUACCUACACUCCAAGUGUAGAAUCAUCCAUACAGACAUCAAGCCAGAGAACAUUCUGCUCACUGUGAACGAGUCCUACAUCAAGAAAAUGGCUGCCGAAGCUACACAGUGGCAGAAGACUGGUGCUGCACCUCCCUCGGGUUCUGCAGUAAGCACAGCCCCCGCUCCCAAAGCAAUGGCCAAAAUGUCAAAAAACAAGAAGAAGAAAAUGAAGAAGAAGCAGAAGAAGCAGGCAGAGCUGCUGGAGAAGAGGAUCCAGGAGGUGGAGGGAGGCGCAACACCGGAAGGAGGGGAAGAGGAGGACGAUGAGGAGACAACCACAACAACAGAGACUACUGAGGACACAACGUCCUCAGCCACCAUUUCCAUGUCUGCCACCCUGCAAGACAUCCCUAGCCUUGCUAUCACAGACUCCACACCGGAGGAGCAGCCUCAGCAGAUGCCUGAGCUACAUAAACAGAGGGAAGGUGUGGCAGAAGAGGUCAACGGGAUGGACGUAAACAGCAACGGCCACGCCUCUACAUCAGAAAACGAGGUGAGCCCAGAGAGCCAGGCGGAUGGGACCAAGCGGUUGACAGAGGAGCAGGAGGACCAGCAGAAUGCCAACUGCCCAGAAAACACAGAGACCCACGGCACAUUAGGAAACAAAGUAGAGCAUCCAACCAGUAAUGGCUCAACUGAGGACUCGAAUAGCGACCUGCAACUCCCAGUGUCCAUCAGCCUGAACUCUGCUGUAGAUCAGAACGAAGAAGACAAGCACGAGAAGGAAGAAGAAAAGGACACGCAAGGGGAGACGAAAAGUGGACCUGAAGAUGAAGACAGUCAGAAGGGAGCAUCAGGCAAUAUGUUGGUAAACCCCCUGGAGCCUCUGAAUGCUGACAAGUUGCAGGUUAAGAUAGCUGACCUAGGCAACGCCUGCUGGGUGCAUAAACAUUUCACAGAUGACAUUCAGACGCGGCAGUAUCGCUCUCUUGAGGUGCUGAUGGGAGCUGGCUACAGCACGCCAGCAGACAUCUGGAGCACAGCCUGCAUGGCCUUCGAGCUGGCUACUGGAGAUUAUCUGUUUGAGCCCCACUCAGGAGAAGACUACUCCAGAGAUGAAGAUCACAUAGCGCUUAUUAUCGAGCUGUUGGGUAAAGUUCCUCGGAAGCUGAUCUUGGCAGGCAAAUACUCCAAGGAGUUUUUCACCAAGAAAGGUGACCUGCGUCACAUCACCAAGCUGAAGCCGUGGGGUCUGUUUGACGUAUUGGUAGAGAAGUACGAGUGGUCCAAAGAAGACGCUCACUCCUUCAGCAGCUUCCUCGCGCCCAUGCUGGACCUGGUGCCUGAAAGGAGGGCCACGGCGGCCCAGUGCCUCUCCCACCCAUGGCUCGCAACUUAGAGGCGCCUCCCGCACACCACAACAAUAGGCUUAAAAAUAUACACAGUGCACAUUAAUUUCUGCUAGAGCCUGUGGCUGCACCGUGCCUGCCCCCUCCUGUCAUGGCUCUCGGGCUUCCUACACAUACCUUCAAUAAACAGAAAGCUGCUGCUGCUGAGGCUUUGGCUUAGUAUGGAUUACACUGGUUCUAGAAAGAACUCAAUUUCGGUUUUGUUUUCUUCAGUAGCUGCUUAUCGACCCACAUCUUGCUCUGCAGUGAGUUAUUGUCUGUAAUUUUAGCUCUAGGUUAUAAAUGUCAUCGGAUUGAAAAGCAAGUUGCACUUGCACAGAAACAGGACCAUCAGAACCCCGUGCUGUCGCCACCGAUGGUCAGAGAUUGGCCCAAUCCAUCUCUGUCUGCCAGUUCGUUAAGCUUUGCUGGCUUCAGCUGUCAAAUGUGUGCAAAGAGCUUGGCAUAGCUGCAUAAUGCUAGCGACGUGUCUAGUGAAGUUCUUAGCAGUAUUAAGUUAGCUUCAGCCUGAAACGCUUCAGUACAUCUGUAUACAGACGGCACCAUCUCAAUAUUGUGCACCACGUUUGGGGCGAGACUCAUCUAAACCCUUUUAUUUUCAGGAGAUCAAAGCUGUGCAACAUUUUUAUUGAUACAGGUAUUUUUAGAAUCAACAUUAAUUCAUGGCAUCUUUGGGGGAAGCAAAGCACUCUACAGCAAAAUGUGGACAAAACUGGAGGCUCUUGGAAAAAGGCGACUUACCAAACGUUGUUUCACACCUUUUUAGUUAUUGUCCAUUUAAAAGACUAGGCUGUGUGUCGUACUGUACGCUAAUAAACGAUUUGUCUCGUGUGCAGUCCAGCGUACCAAAGAGUCGCCUUUACUCUGUCCCGCUGCAGCAUCAGCUUUGCGCCGUGUUUAGGAGAGACUGCCGCCAGUGUGGUGUGAAGGCACAAGGUCUGUGAGGUUCAGACUCUUUUUAACGCUCGUUUUGAGGAACGUUCGGGUGAUUUCCCACCGUAUGAAAGUUGAGCUUCCACAGUACAUAGGUGUUGAAUUUGAAAGUAUGGACUCUACUAAAAUCCCAGUGCUAAGAGUUCCUCAAAACCAUUGUAAUUGUUUUUCUAUACAAUCUCCAUAAAUUCUCAUUUGUUUUCUGUAAGUAAUAAGAAUAAACAUUUUUCAAACUG